AAUGCAAGCUCAUCUUAAUGAGUGUUUAAAUGCACCAAGUAAUGCUAAAUUACAAAAAACCAUUCUAAUACAAAAUCCUAUACCCUCAAAUAUCACAGAAUAUCCUUUAACUAAUACAAAUACACCUCUUAUUGAAAAAAAUAGAUUUAAAAAACAAAUCAAAUUAGAUAAUUUUGCAUUAUAUUCAGCUGGAGUACCAUUUACCUUUGUUGAUAAUUCCUUUGUUAUUCAAUUUUUUAAAUAUCUUCGAUCAUCUUUUAAACUUUUAAAUAGAAAGAAGAUUGCUAAUGAAUUAUUGAAUGAGGUUUAUGAAGAUGUAAAAAUACAAGCAGAUAAACAAAUUUCAAAAGCAACAACUUUUUAUAUGGUUUCUGAUGACUGGUCUAAUAUUAACAGAGAUUCAGUACAUAAUUUUAUUAUUUGUGAAGAAUCUCAUACAGCAGAAUGGAUUGCAGAUCAAAUAAUUCAACAAAUGGAUAUUAUUAGUAUCCAAAAGUUUUCAGCAGUCAUUACAGAUAUAACUAAUGUAAUGAAAGCAGCAUGGAGAAAUAUUGAAGAAAAAUAUCCUAAUAUUGUUUGUCUUAGAUGUAAUUCUCAUAUAUUUUAUGGUACACAUCUUAGCUGUUUUCAAUCACUUAAAAAAUCAAGAAUUGCUUUUGAACAAUCAUUGAUAGACCCUUUGAUUCGCCAAAAAAUGGAUCAAAUAAUGAGAAAUAAUAUAUUAUCAAAUGAAUUUUGGCAAAUGGUAGAUUUGAUAAUUAAUAUUUUAGAACCAAUAGUUGUAGCAUUAAAGUCUUUUAAAUCAGAUACAUCUAUUCUUUCAACAAUUUAUUCAUAUUAUAGCAAAUUAAUAGAACAAUUUG